UCCCCUCUCAUGACAUUUUAUUUUGAAUUCUCUUUGUUCCAGAAACUGCUUCAUAGAUGCAGCUUCAUAGAUGUGGAAUACAUCAGUGACUGUAGUGCACUUAGAGCCACACACACACACACACACUUAAAGCACCCCUCCCUUCCCCUCCAGCUCUUGCAGUGGACCAGGAGCUGCUGCAGCGUCUCACACCGACUGGGACAGAAACACAAACGGAGACGUUUUCCUCCACAAUCGUGAAUCACGUUUUUCUCUCCCUGUUUAUUCUGAUUUUUGUUUUUUUUGUGCUCGUUCCUCGGCUCAGCUGCUCCUCCUGCUGACACGAACAUGAGCAUCUUCACUCUGCAGCUUCUUCCUGUGGACUAGAACCAGAACCUUCUCGUCAGCUUUACCUCAACCCGCACUUUUGUCCACCGCUCCCGGCACGAUGGAGGCGACACAGCAGCCCAACGAGCCAAUCGGCACGCAGCCUGAUGCCGGAGAGGCGGAGCACGCGGCCGUAACCUCUCAACCCACUGCUGCCGUCCGUGAAGGAGCCAUUUCCCUGAUGCCUGAGGACAAACAGACCGAGGAGGGCGGGGCCUUGGAACACCUGACUGUGAUCAGCAAUGACAUGGAGACCAGUAACGACCUUGCUCCAGCCGCGGUCGACUCCUCGCCCACAGUGCCCUCUGUGUCGCCCGUGCUGCACGCCAAGCCCGGCAGUCACGCUAACGGUCAUCCUGGUUUGGGCAGCCGGUCUGGCUCGAUAGCGGCGGGGUCGCCCAGGCCCUCGCUCUCCCGUCGCCCCAGCACCAUCCCAGAGGCUACGGUGGAUGGAUCCAAGCCCAGGGACUAUCUGAUCCUGGCCAUCCUGUCCUGCUUCUGCCCACUGUGGCCCAUCAACAUUGUCGCCCUCACGUUCUCCGUGAUGUCCCGGAACAGUCUGCAGCAAGGAAACGUGGAUGGGGCUCGACGUCUGGGUCGGAACGCCAUGGUUCUGUCUGUCGUGUCCAUCCUAGGAGGGAUCGCCAUCAUCGCGGCUGGGAUCGCCUUCAACUGGGGAUUGAUAUUAAAAUCCUGAUGAAAGAAGUUACCACAAGGACGAGGACAUGACAUCAUCUGAACACUCCUGCACUCCCUCACCCUCCUGAAGAACCCUCACCUUCCUGAGGACUGAAGAACCCUCACCCUCCCGAAGAACCCUCAUCCUCCUGAGGACUGAAGAAGACUGAAGAACCCUCACCCUCCUGAAGAACCCUCACCCUCCUGAGGACUGAAGAACCCUCACCCUCCUGCAGAACCCUCACUCUCCUGAAGAAAUUUCAUCCUCCUGAGGACUGAAGAACCUCACCUUCCUGAAGAACCCUCAACCUCCUGAGGACUGAAGAACCCUCACUCUCCUGAAGAACCCUCACCCUCCUGAGGACUGAAAACCCUCACCCUCCUGUAGAACCCUCACUCUCCUGAAGAACCCUUACCCUCCUGCAGAACCCUCACCCUCCUGAGGAUUGAAGAACCCUCACCCUCCUGAAGAACCCUCACCCUCCUGCAGAACCUUCACCCUCCUGAAGAAACUUCAUCCUCCUGAAGACUGAAGAACCCUCUUUGUUCUUUGUUGCUGCACGAUAAGAAUGCUCUACCUCUGACACAGCAACACCAUAUCCAACACCACAUCCAACACCAUCCAACACCACAUCCAACACCAUCCAACACCACAUUCAACACCAUCCAACAUCACAUCCAACACCACAUCCAACACCAUCCAACACCACAUCCAACACCAUCCAACACCAUCCAACACUGACACCCGACAAGACUUCUGACCGACCUUUGACACCCAACACUGAUGUCCUUCAUUGGUGUCCGACACUGACAUCCUACACUAGUGUCCUACACUGGUGUCCGACGUCCAACACUGAAGUUGGACGUGGACGUUUCUCAUGUCUCUCUGUAGCAGCUCAUCUCCUCAAAAUGUUGUCUUUCAUCCAUGAUCAGGUGUCUCUGUUGUCAUGGCAACAGACAUCUAUCUCCAUGGACACCAGAUGACACUGCGCUAUGCCACAGGUCCAGCAGUUCAGCAAACCGGGAGAACACUUUCCACGUUUUGAUGCCAAAAUAAAAUAAAACAUCACUGGACAAAGGCGGAGUUUGACGCUCAUGAAGCAUGUUCGCGAUUAUGUACGAUGUUAAUGCAAAGACACGAGGACGUGUGGAUUUUCAACACGAAACAUUUGUGUGUAUGAAGUUUAUGAAAGAUUCUUUUCAACAUCCUGAUUUUUAUCAGAAAUGAAGGGCAAUUGCCGUGUGGAGUUAAAGACGUAGAGGACGGGGCUUAAAGUGAUCGACGGAGUUGGACUUCCUGGUCAUUUCUGAAAAUAUGUGACACUCCGAGCAUGUUUACAAUAUUUAUCACGGAAUGCUUUCAUAUACAACUGUAGCAUCAUUUAGCAUGAGUGCUAACGGCCAAGCACUUUGUAAAUAAACAGGAAGUGCACGCAGACGCAGCAGAAGCUCCUUCCCUUGCUCCACCACCUAGUGGACCGUAUGUAGCAUGUUUGUUUACUAAUCACAUUAUGCAAUGAUAAAAAUCAUGUGGCUCCGCCUCUGCGUUGGUACGAAUGCUAGUUUGGUGUACGUGGUUUUCUACGACGUUUGCUCGCUGCCUCUCAGUUAUCGCAUUUUCAUCGACUGUUAAGAGUCACUGUGUGCGUUUGAAUUAUGAUUAUUAUUAAUGUGCAGAGUUUUAUAAUCUACACGCCGGAAAGAGGAAAUGAAAAGUUGUGAAGGAGAAGUUUUACAAGAAAUUUAAAUAUUCAGAAUAUACCUUUAACAAAUUGCUCUUCAUCAGCUUUAAGUUCAUAAAAAUCAAACGUCACCCUGAGCUGAAAAUCAUGGCAACAAAACCUCUACGAAAUAACAGGAAACUGAAGUUUGUAAACCACUCACUCUCCCACACCAAAGCCCAGAGUUGUUGAUCCACUGCUGCCUCCAUCACUAACUUCAAAUGUCUUAUUUUACGCUCAGCAUUACUUCAGUGACACAAAGUGACCACACGAGGCAGCAGAAGACCAGCAGCUAAAAUCACUGAUUUUCUCUGUGGACUUUGGUGUGGGAGAGUGAGCGGUUUAAAAACAGGUCAUUUUGUCCCUGAAACGUUUUUAAAUGUCAAAAUGAAAGUUUAACUGAGAGAAAAAGCAUCUCGAGCUCAAAUCUCUCUGAAAGGGAAAAUGUCUCAUAGGACUUUUCGUCUCUCACUGGACACGUGAUGUGAUGCGUUCAGGUGCAGUCUGCCUUUAUCUGUGAAUGUGUUUUAUUAUAUAUUACAUAUUAUAUUAAGUACAGAGGAGUGAUUGAAAAUAAACUGCAUGGCCAAAAAAAAACACAAAGACUGAUCUGAGGUUGUUUGAACUGUUUUAAAACCAUAUUUAAAACUGUUUAAAUUUAAGUUGAUGCAGUUUAUUUUAUUAAUUUAUUUUAGCGUGACUUUGAGCGUGACCUUCACACUAAAACAUCAGUUUGUUUGUUUGUUUGUUUGUUUGUUUGUUUUUAGUUGGAUCUGUAAAUUCUCCACAGAGACUUUUGUAUUUUUAUAUUUCUCUUGUUUGUAAGUUUGCUGCUGCUUAAACGACGCUGAGCAUGAGACUGUUGUUCCUCCACACUGCAUGCCUUAAACCCAGGACCCAGGACCCAGGACCCAGACCUGGGUCAUUAGUCUGACUCAGUCUCAGACUCAGUCUCAGACUCAGUCUCAGUCUCAGACUCAGUCUCAGUCUCAGUCUCAGACUCAGUCUCAGUCUGAGACUUAGACUCAGACUCAGUCUCAGUCUCAGUCUCAGUCUCAGACUCAGACUCAGUCUCAGACUCAGACUCAGUCUCAGACUCAGACUCAGUCUCAGUCUCAGACUCAGACUCAGACUCAGUCUCAUUCUCAGACUCAGACUCAGACUCAGUCUCAGACUCAGACUCAGACUCAGACUCAGUCUCAGACUCAGACUUAGUCUUGUUACCACACGUUAAUCAAAGACACAGUUGUGAUUCUGUUUACAGGAAUAAAUCUCUCUAAUGUCUCCUCCUCCACGUCUGCGCUCAAUCAUUUUGUUAUUUUUAUUUUGUUUGUUUGUUUAAACUGUUUCUAAACUAAAGUCAAAAUCAGUUUUUCGCUGUGCAGCAGGGGGCGCUCACUCGUGAGCCACCUUCAUUUCCUUCUGCACCUGUUUCCAGGGAGAGAGACAGACAGUGGGUUGUCAUGGCAACCGUUGGCAAGAGCAAGCGAGGCAGUGGGUGACGGUGGACGAGCGAGGGAAAGUUCUCUCUCUCUUUUAUUUGAAUUUCUGAUCAAUUAUUGAAACUGAAGCUGUGAGAGGAGAGAGGAGUUUAAGGAGACGAGGGAAGGACACAAGGAUACAAAGAGUGCACACAUGCAUGCACAAAACAUGAGGAGGAGACAUAAUGCAGUAGCAAUGACCCCUGACCUUUGACCUUAACAAUUAAAUACCUAAUCCUGACGUCUCACACACACACACACACUCUGUGUGGUGGCUACAGGCUGGAGUGAGUCCAGUUUGAAAAUAUCGUUAAAUAUAUCGCUAAAAGAAGCACACACUGGCUUUUGCCGCUCUACUGUAGCCACGCCCCUCUCACUCACACAGCACUGUGGGCUACCUGAGAGGAGAAGUUAAGUGAUUAUUACCUCUGACCUCAACAAUAAAGAGUCUCUGAAUACAGUGCCUGCAUUAAAAUGAGUCAGUGGAUUUUGCAACAACAAGCUAACAAACACAACAACAACAUGCUAAUAAACACAACAAUAACAUGCUAACAAACACAACAACAACAUGCUAACAAACACAACAACAAGCUAACAAACACAACAACAACAUGCUAAUAAACACAACAAUAACAGGCUAACAAACACAACAACAACAAGCUAACAAACACACUAAAAACACAACAACAACACGCUAACAAACACAACAACACGCUAAAAACACAAAAACAACAACACGCUAACAAACACAAAAAACAAGCUAACAAACACAACAACACGCUAAAAACACAACAACAACACGCUAACAAACACAAAAAACAAGCUAACAAAUACGACAACAAACAUGCUAACAAACACAACACGCUAACAAA